CUUGUAAACCAACACUAAGGGUCUCCAAGAAGCAGUCUACCUUCAAAUAUAUUUUCAUGGCUGAGUUUACAGAAUAUUUGCAGAGGCUUAGACCUUCUCGAUCUUUUACAGAAAUGGGAAUGAAUAUGAACAUGCAUAUGUUGAAGCAGCCUCAGCAUCUUCCAGAACUAAAUCCAAGCUCAAGCCUAGAUACUUUUGGUGUUGCUGACUUCUCUGUAGACUCAUUCUUGGCCCACCAACAACAACCUGAAUUUCCAGUUUCAAACUAUGGUCAGAAUAAUAGCACUAUCAAUAAUCUUUCAAGCAGUACUUUCCAUCCUGACAUGUUGAAUUCAUCAGCAGCACCACCAAUUGUUCAUACUGUCGACUCGAGUCAAUAUGUUAUCUUCCGUGACAGCAAGAAGAGAAAAGUAGAGGCACAAUCAACUAGCAGUUCCAAGAAUGUUUCUCCUACAACCUCUACUACUACUAAUACAAAGCAAAAGAAUAACUUAGGCAGAGAUAAGAAAGGGAAGAACAAAGAGAAAGAAGUGGAAAAGGCAGAAGAAGUUAUUCAUGUUAGAGCAAAGAGAGGCCAAGCUACUGAUAGUCAUAGUAUAGCAGAAAGGGUCAGAAGAGAGAAAAUUAAUAACAAGUUGAGAUGCUUGCAAGACCUUGUUCCAGGAUGCCACAAGUCGAUGGGAAUGGCAGUUAUGCUAGAGGAGAUAAUCAAUUAUGUUCAUUCAUUGCAGAAUCAGGUUGAGUUCCUGUCCAUGGAGCUUGCUGCAGCCAGUUGUUCUUAUGACCUGAACUUGGAAACAGAAUCUUCUAAAAAGGCUCAGAUUUUGCAGGUAACGAGUUCAGCCGGGACACAGGAGACACAAAAAUGGUUGAGAGAACGAUAUGGAGACCUAGGCUGCUGCUACCAAUCCACAUGGUCCAUUUGACUCCAUUUUUGGCCAUUACUCUUUUGUUCCUACAAAAGCACAUGAUUAUGCUUCCCAUCUCUUUACUUUCUUUCUUUCUUUUUUUGUUUUUCUUCUUUGCCUAAUGAUAUUUCGAUUACUUCACAAAAAGGUUCAGAAACAAAGUACAAGAAAGGAAAAAAUUAUACAUAUAAAUAUUUCUGUUUAUUUGUCCAAUUUUAAGAGCUAUAAUUUUUUGGAAAACAAAAAAAGAAAGAAAGAAAACCUUGUAGCUUAUUCCAAUUUGACUGGAGUACUUUGUGGCUUCCAGUGUCUUGUACAUGUGAUUUGAUGCUGACCUGUCGGCAAGGGCUACCACUUGAAAAAGAAAAUGAAGAAGAAAAGUAAAGCAGAGAAUUGGGCUUGGAUAGCUCUUGACUACUCAUGUAUGCUUUCAUAUAUUUUCAGGGUAUAAAAUUGGAUGAAUUUGUGACCCCAUUUAUAAUUUAAUUCUAAUUAU